AUGGAGGGCAACGAGGUCGACGUCCUCGUUCGACGUCUUCACGAUCGACUCGAUGCAUCACCUGCGCCGUCAUCGAGGGCCAGGAAACGAAGGACGACCUCGCAUCGAAGUGUCCGCACCAUCGUCCAAGAUGUCAUCUUGGUGCGGUGGGGUUUCCGACAAGCAACGCUCCUGGACUCGACCCGCCUUACGGCGAGUCAAUGCAGGCACCUCGCCACGUUUCUCGAGGAAGAAGGCAUGUCGGAUCUCGUGGUCCUGCACUGGCGCGAGACAGCCGACAUCUUUGUGGCCCACCGCGCCCUGCUUUGCCGUUCCAUCGACCUUUACCUGUCUUCUAGCCUGGAGGAGAGAAGAUGGAUCGUGGAUGUACGAAGGGGAAGCUUGCAGAUCGCUCCACCGUCGCAACGCUUCAUGACCCUUCUCUCGAUGCUCCGACAGCGUUUAGAGGAUGUGUCGAUCAACCUGAUUGCCAUCUCGCCUUCCUCUGCCGAUCAGGGCCAGACAAUGCUAGGGACGACCCUUUCCGGCUUCCUGCUAGAGUACACGACCAUCUACUCUCUCGAGGACCCCACACCAUCCGCGUCGUCCUCUCCACCCUCUGCCUCUCCCUUCUCGUUGCAGACAUCGACCAACGCAUCACAACCACUGAGACACGACGAGGAAGAAGAGGGACGAUUCCAACGAGGAGAGGAAGAGGAGGACGACGCAGAGGUGGCAUGGAUCGAGACUCCAAACGCCCUCGCCCACCAAGCUUUGAACCUAUGCAGGGUCUUCCUCGACUUGCCGAGCCCUACGUCGUCGUCAAGAGGCGCAAGAAGUCGCAGUGAAAAUGCAAGGCAAAGCGCGCCGCCGCCGACGACGACGAGGCGGAGGAAGGAGAUCCGCGCAUUCAGCUGGCCUCGAUCCUUACAGCAUCUCCUUCCGACGACGCAGCAAGUCGAGGAUGGGAUACGCAGCCAACUACAAGAAAGGAUCGAGAGGCUCCGUGCCAUCCGGCUCGUAGGCGGCGACAACGACCAGGCGUCCGCAAGAGCGUCCCUGGCGCGCGCGCACGUCGACGUCGUCUUUGAGACCAUCACCCUCGAUCGGGUGGCGUUGUAG